AGGAGGCGCUGAGGCAGAGAGAAAAUCAGACUGUGAGGACCUUGACAGCUUUCCAGGGCGGGCUUUGCUUUAGAAGCUCUAGGUUUUUCCUGGGAUAUUUAUUUUUCUCCUUUACAAACUGACUAUAUAAAAUCGCUCUCUUUCGCAUCCCAGAAAGCAUUUGACUGUCCUUUGGACACCUGGCAAUCUAUUAGAGCAUUCUCCCAGAGGACAGGGACAGGGGAGCAGGUGCACGGAACCGGCUUGGGGGUGGGGGCGCACUACUUCUGACUUGAGGCUCUUUUUCUCUCUGCACCCAUCAAGCACGGAACUCCCGAGCUGCGAAGACAGGAGAUCUGACUAGCUUCCAAACCACAGCUCUGCAAGGAGUGUGUAUCAGUGAGGUGGAUUCAGCUGCCGCCACCUCUGGAGCUGGGGAGAGCUCAGCCCUCCCUCCCUUUCUUUUGCAUUUCCAGCUUCUCUUCCCUCUGGGUGGUCACCAGGGGGUCCCCGCAAGCUGCUUGUGGAUUCUAAACCCCUCGUGUCCCAGGACUUCCUCUGUUCUAGACCACAGGUUUCCAAAAGCCCCGGUCCUGGGUAAGCGACCCGGACUGAGCCGCGCGGCUCUGCAGCGCGCUCAAGGUGCUGGUGUAGUCGUCUGGCAAGGCGCGCAGCCCGCUUGGCCACCUUUGGCACUCCGUGUACACGGGGCGAAUCCUGUCUCCUCCUCUGUCUUCAGAAGCCACUGACCUCCCCAGUCCGAUCUCCAGGUUACUGGUGUGUGAGCUGCAGUCUCUAGGCCCUCGGUGCAUAAAGCAUGUCCGGCUCCGGGCGAAAAGAUUUCGAUGUGAAGCACAUCCUGCGACUCCACUGGAAACUCUUCAGCCAUCCUUCGCCGGCCUCCGGUAGCCCAGCGGGGGGCAGCUGCCUGCAACAGGACAGUGGAGGAGGCAGCUUCGAGCACUGGGGACCUAGCCAGAGUCGGCUGCUCAAAAGCCAGGAAAAGGGCAGUGUGAGCGCUUUUUGGAAAAAACCGUCCUCCUCCUCUUCAUCAUCAUCCUCAUCGUCCACUUCGUCCUCUCCCUUCAAUCCGCUGAAUGGCACCUUGCUACCAGUUGCCACGAGGCUGCAGCAAGGGGUUCCUAGGCAGGGCACCCAGCAGCCCGCCAGGACUCUUUUCUACGUGGAGUCCCUAGAGGAGGAGGUGGUGACAGACAUGGACUUUCCUGGACCACAGGACAAAGGAUUGGCCUUGAAGGAGCUCCACGCGGAGCCUGCCAGCUCCAUCCAGGCAACAGGUGAAGGAUGUGGACACAGGCUGACAGCGACCAGUCAUUCCCUGGCACCUCAGAGUGAUUUGGACUCCAGUAGCUCUGAAGAGUUCUACCAAGCUGUUCACCAUGCUGAGCAAUCCUUCAGAAAAAUGGAGAACUAUUUAAAGCAACAGCAGCUCUGUGAUGUCAUCCUGAUUGUUGGGAAUCGAAAGAUACCUGCUCACAGGCUUGUUCUGAGUUCUGUCUCUGACUAUUUUGCUGCCAUGUUUACAAGUGAUGUUUGUGAAGCCAAGCAAGAGGAGAUCAAGAUGGAAGGCAUAGACCCAAAUGCGCUCUGGGAUCUGGUUCAAUUUGCAUAUACAGGCUGCCUGGAGUUAAAAGAAGACACGAUUGAAAACCUUCUUGCAGCUGCAUGCCUUCUUCAGCUGCCUCAGGUGGUGGAAGUGUGCUGUCAUUUUCUCAUGAAGCUUCUGCACCCCUCAAACUGUUUAGGGAUCCGUGCGUUUGCAGAUGCUCAAGGCUGCAUUGAAUUAAUGAAGGUGGCCCACAGCUACACCAUGGAAAACAUAAUGGAAGUAAUCAGAAACCAAGAGUUUUUACUCCUUCCAGCUGAAGAGCUCCAUAAACUACUGGCCAGUGACGAUGUAAACGUCCCCGAUGAAGAGACCAUCUUCCAUGCAUUAAUGAUGUGGGUCAAGUAUGACAUGCAGCGGAGAUGCGGUGACCUGAGUAUGCUCCUUGCCUUCAUAAGAUUGCCACUGCUUCCACCACAGAUACUGGCUGACCUUGAAAACCAUGCACUAUUUAAGAAUGAUUUGGAAUGCCAAAAACUGAUUCUGGAAGCAAUGAAAUACCAUCUAUUGCCAGAAAGAAGAACUUUAAUGCAAAGCCCGAGAACUAAGCCCAGAAAGUCUACAGUUGGAACUCUUUUUGCAGUGGGGGGAAUGGAUAAUAACAAAGGAGCUACAACUAUAGAGAAGUACGACCUCAGAACGAAUCUGUGGAUCCAGGCAGGAAUGAUGAAUGGCAGGAGGCUUCAGUUUGGUGUGGCUGUUAUUGAUGACAAGCUCUUUGUAAUUGGAGGUCGCGAUGGCUUAAAGACAUUGAACACUGUUGAAUGUUACAAUCCCAAAACCAAGACAUGGACUGUUUUACCUCCGAUGUCAACACAUAGGCAUGGCCUAGGGGUGACUGUGCUUGAAGGGCCUAUUUACGCGGUGGGGGGCCAUGAUGGCUGGAGCUACCUGAACACAGUGGAGAGGUGGGAUCCCCAAAGCCAGCAGUGGACAUAUGUAGCCAGCAUGUCCAUUGCUCGGAGCACUGUUGGAGUAGCAGCCCUGAAUGGCAAGUUGUACUCAGUCGGGGGCCGAGAUGGAAGUUCUUGCUUAAGUUCGAUGGAAUAUUAUGAUCCUCACACAAAUAAGUGGAGCAUGUGUGCCCCGAUGUGUAAGAGGAGAGGGGGUGUUGGAGUGGCCACCUGUGAUGGUUUCCUCUAUGCAGUGGGCGGCCAUGAUGCUCCUGCUUCGAAUCACUGCUCCCGGCUCCUGGACUAUGUGGAAAGGUAUGAUCCAAAAACAGACACAUGGACCAUGGUGGCUCCUUUGAGUAUGCCUAGAGAUGCUGUUGGUGUCUGUCUCCUUGGUGACAGACUUUAUGCUGUUGGUGGUUAUGAUGGGCAAACAUACCUCAACACCAUGGAAUCCUACGAUCCACAAACUAAUGAGUGGACACAGAUGGCUUCCUUGAAUAUCGGGAGAGCAGGGGCUUGUGUGGUUGUCAUCAAGCAACCUUGACUAAUUUGUACACUGUUUAGCGGGAUUUCUUUGCUACUGUGCUUGUUUUAUAUCAUAAGGAAAUGAUGAGAAAGAACUUCUUGAUAUAAAAACUUCUUAGGAACAGGAUUUUUAUAGAUUUACCUGCUGGUGCCAAAAGCAGUAAAAGAUCAAACAGAGUUAUAGCAAAAAAGAAAACAGGAGACAUAACAUCUGGCCAACCGUUAGUUAGUUCAGGAAUGGCUAUUGGUAAUGUUUUGUACUGUAGCAUACAAUAACUAGAGUUACCAAAGGCUGGUUUAUCAAAAGAGACCCAUAUUUGUGAUAUAGAUAGUUCCUUAAUGAUAGGACACUCACUUGUUCUUAUAAUCUGUGAGGACAUCCAACAGGCUGCUAAGAGGAAAGUUAUGAUAAUUCAUCUCACAAAAUCUGAUUGAUUUGAUGUUUUCCUAAUCAGAUGUGAUGAUGCCAGGAAACAAAAUGGUUUUUUGAAACAAAUGUGCUUCUUUCUCAUUUCCCUCAGCUAUGAAAACAAUUAGAGAUACAGAUGACUGUUUGUCUCUUGCAUUCAGAAAACAAACUGCCCUGCUAAUCAAGGCUGCAUAUUGUAUCUAAGAUGAUGUUUGGAGUUUAUUGCAACUGUGUCCUCAGUGUGAAACUGGCAAACACAGAGGACUUUUCAUUAAGCUUGCCACAUCGCUUUGCAUCGUCAACACACUGAGCCAGAGUCAGUACAGCUAUGGGCAUUUACCUCAUGCAGAGUUCAACAUAAGCAUGGAUGUUCGUUAUUCUGGAUGUUAAUAUACCCACUGCAUGCUGAAGUCCUUUAGAAUUUUGUUCUUUAAAACAAACUUAGAAUUUUAAGACAAAAGUUUCCAGCUCAUUAAAUUUGGGAUGAUUAUGAUAACUGCUAGAAGGAUGACUGACUACAGAUUCCCAUUCACCAUUUUUCAAACCUCUUUCACUGAUACGCACAUUAUUUUAAGCUAAAUGUUUGUAAUUGUUCUAAAGUGAAGAUUGGAACCUUUAUGUAACACCAUCAAGAAAUGUUCAUGUAAAUUACAAUGAUAGUUAAUAAAUGAUAGAACAUUUGCUAUUA